AGUGAAGAGGCACCAGAGCUACCUAAAGCUGAAAAUGUGCCAGAUGCUGCUAAAAAUGGAAUGUCAUUUUAUACCAAGCUGCAAGCCGAGGAUGGCCACUGGGCAGGAGACUAUGGAGGACCUCUGUUUCUAAUGCCAGGUUUAAUCAUUGUAUGCUACAUUACCAAGACACCAUUCACACAAGCUCAGAAAUUGGAGAUGGUCCGUUAUUUACGUUCUGUCAUGUGCCCUGAUGGAGGCUGGGGACUGCACAUUGAAGGUCCACCCACAGUGUUUGGGUGUACCUUGAAUUACUGUGCCAUGAGAAUUCUGGGAGUUCAAGCAGAUGAUGCUGAUUUGGUUAAAACACGGACAUUGCUUCAUAAACUGGGAGGUGCUGCAGCAAUUCCCUCUUGGGGAAAGUUUUGGCUUUCAGUGCUGAAUGUUUACAGUUAUGAUGGACUCAAUUCUCUUUUUCCGGAGAUGUGGAUACUGCCAUCAUGGCUUCCAUUUCAUCCAUCAAAAUUGUGGUGUCAUUGUAGACAAGUCUAUUUGCCUAUGGCUUAUUGUUUUGGUAGAAGAAUUAUUGCACCAGAGGAUGAUUUAAUUGUACAGCUUAGAAAGGAAAUAUUUGUUGAGGACUAUAAAAAUAUUAACUGGCCAUCACAGAGAAACAAUGUUUCUUCUGCUGAUCUAUACACUCCUCACUCUUGGCUCUUGGAUCUAAGUUACUUUUUCUUAAACAUCUAUGAGAAAGUUCAUAUCGGAUUCAUCAGGAAGAAAGCCCUGAGCGUCAUGUAUGAUCACAUUGCUGCUGACGACAGAUUCACAAAAUGUAUCAGUAUAGGACCAGUGUUAAAAAUUGGCUUUUUAUUUCAGAUUUCCAAAGUAAUAAAUAUGCUGAUUAGAUACCAUGAGGAAGGUCCACUCUGUAAAGAUUUUAAGCUUCAUCAGGAUAGAAUACAAGAUUUUUUGUGGCUUGGCUUGGAUGGGAUGAAAAUGACAGGAACUAAUGGUAGCCAGAUGUGGGACACAGCUUUUGCUGUCCAUGCAUUUAUAGAGGCAGGAGCUUAUAAAAGUGAAGAGUUUCGCCCCAGCCUCAUGGCCGCCUAUGAGUUUUUACGGCUCACUCAGAUUCCAGAGAACUUCCCAGACUACCAGAAGUACUACAGACAGAUGAGUGAGGGAGGAUUCCCAUUCAGCACCAGAGACUGCGGUUGGAUUGUGUCUGAUUGCACAGCUGAGGGAAUAAAAGCCAUUGUAAAACUUCAUGAAAAGUGUUUUGUAAACAAUCCUAUAAAGAAGGAGAAGUUGUUUCGGGGCAUUGAUGUUCUGCUGGAUAUGCGGUGUGAUGACAAUGGCUGGGCAACCUAUGAGAACAAAAGAGGUGGAAAGUUGUUGGAAAUGCUCAAUGCUUCUGAAGUAUUUGGAGACAUAAUGAUUGACUACACAUAUGUUGAAUGCACUUCAGCCUGCAUGCAGUGCCUGGCAUCAUUCACCAAAAGUUAUCCAGAAUAUCGCCAGCAGGAAAUUAAAGUAGCUCUCCGGGAGGGUCUCAAGUACAUAAGCAAUAAACAACGGCCCGAUGGGUCAUGGGAGGGCAGCUGGGGGGUGUGUUUCACUUACGGGGCCUGGUUUGCUCUGGAGGCCUACAGUUGCAUGGGCUACACUUAUGACAGUGGGGAAGAGGUGCCUGAUGAGAUCAAAAGAGGAUGUGAAUUUCUGCUUGAUAAACAGAUGGAGGAUGGAGGUUGGGGUGAGAACUUUGAGUCUUGUGAAAUCAGGGAGUAUGUCAACAGUGAGACAUCACAAGUUGUCAACACAUGCUGGGCAGUGCUGGGACUGUUGGCUGUGAAUUAUCCAGACGUAGAAGUCAUUGAAAAAGGCGUACAGGUCAUUAUGUCAAGGCAGUUGCCUAAUGGAGACUGGCCACAGGAAAACAUCAGUGGAGUGUUCAACAAGUCGUGUGCCAUUAGCUAUACAAGCUACCGGAAUAUUUUCCCCAUCUGGGCCCUUGGACGAUUUGCCUCUAUGCAUCCUGAAAGCCUGCUAGUCAAAAGCUAA